AGAGAGAGAGAGAGGAAAGGAGGGCGAGAGACAGAGACAGAAACAUUGAUGUGAAAGAAACACAUUGUUCAGGCAGGGCAUGGAAUUGAAACCUUUAAUUUGCAGGAGGAGGCUCUGUUCACAGAGCCAACGCGUCUAGGGCUUGUUUACUCUCUUUUUAUCAUUUCUAUUUGACUAAGACAAAGAACUUGCAAAUGUACUUCAUACUAAAAAGUAUGAAUAUUUGUUCAAUAUAUCAACUCUUCAUCAACCACAAUUGAUUUGAAGAUAACCCCAGGACCAUUUUCUGUUUGAAUGUUGUCCAGAAACAUUUUUAAAAAUUUUGAUGUUGUGGUUUCUUAGGAGACAGGCAUGAUACAAAUCUAAUGAGUUAUUAAGAUAUCUUCAGUUUAAUAUAUUAUGUCUACCCAUCUAAAAAUUUUAAAUGGAGAAGUGUCUGCAGAAAUUGCAUGUUUUUUUCACAGUAGUAAUAAAUAGAAAAACAAUGAUUUCUCCCAUACUGGAUUUGCACCUCUUUAUAUCAACCUUCAGUAUAUGAUAUAUAUGAGUAUUAUUUUUAAAUUAAAUUUAUUGGGAUGACAUUGGUUAAUAAGAUUAUAUAGGUUUCAAAUGUACAUUUCUAUGAUGCAUGAGCUGUAUAUUGCAUUGUGUGCUCACCACCCAAUGUCAAAUCAUCUUCUGUCACCAUAGUGAAAGAGUAUUAGAUUAUUUCCAAAUAUUUAAAUAAUAGCUCCUACCACAUCUCUUUCUGGAAACUUCUUUCUUCAGUAGAUGUCUACUGUUGCAGCCAUGUUUAUUUUAAUGGCCCCUCUCUUUUUGUGAUUUCAGACAGUCAGACAAGGUGGUAGACAUUGCUUAUCAAAGCUGUGCAAAUCUGAUUCUCUCUGUUUAAAAAAAUUGCUUUGGAAACCAGAUAUAAAAUAGUCUCUUUGUUAGGAACUUAAUAAGAAAAUGAUAUUAUGCUAGCUAAAUACAUGGAAAGCACAGAAAAUCAAUCCACUUAGAGACAAGAAGGAAGGAGAUGCCCAAAGAACAACCUAAUUGUAUAUUUUCCAAUUUUGCUUUCUCCCAAGUUUGUUUCUCCUUUGGGUUUUUGGAAAUAAAUGCUCUUUUAAUAAAUUUCUCUCUAAUUAAGAUAGCUAGGUGGUUUUUUUCACUUGUCAAAAGCAUGUUUAGAUAUUCUUAUAUGGAUUAAAACUUACUAUUAAUCUGGAACAUAAGUUGUGGUUGUCUCCCUGGCUGGGUUGCUCAGUUGGUUAGAGAGUCAUCCUGAUACACCGAAGUUAUGGGUUCAACCCCCUUCAGGGCACAUACAAGAAUCAACCAAUGAAUGCAUAAAUGAGUGGAACAACAAAAUGAUGCUUCUCUCUAAAAUCAUCCAGUGGUAGAGCAUGGGCCUUUGAACCAAAGGAUAUCAGGGUUGGAUUCCUGGUCAAGGGCAGGUACCUGGGUUGCAGGUGGGAGGCAACCAAUCCAGGGGUCUCUUUCACAUUGAUGUUUCUCUCUCUCUCUUCUCUUCCCCCUUCCAUUAUCCUAAAAAAAUUCAAUGGAAAAAAUAUUCUCAGGUGAGGAUUUAAAAACAUUGUGAUUAUCAUAUAAAUUUAAUAAUAGUUGGGUCAAAAGAUGGUAGAAUAUUAGUAAUUUGUAAGGGACACACACAAACUUUUGUUAGACUGCAUAUUUUUGAGAAUUGAUGGAUAUUUCCAAAUUGUACACUUUAUAUAGAAAUUCUUAGAAAAUUCUAUAUAAGAAAUAUUUAAUAGCAUUAGUUUCUUAUAGCUUUAGUGUGAAUUAACACUGACAAUGUAUACCCUAUUUGUAGAAUCAUUAUAGCCUGGUUGUUUUGUUCUUUUUUUAUAAUGUAUCCUUUUGUUUAGGGGUGAGCAAGGGUAUUUUGCCAUUUAAUGAAAAACAUUUUAGAUCAUUCUGAAUUAUAUUAAAUUACUAUUCAAAAGAGCAUAGCUACUUGGGAGCAUGGUUUCUCAUAUAAUGAAUUAAGAUUACAGCAAAAAAGUGGGCUUUUGCAUUAGGAGGAGAAUCCAUCUGUCAAAAUUUUUACAUUGUGAUUUCUUCAUUGAUAUAUUCAACAAAUAUUUAUUGAGCAUCUGCCAUGUGCCUGGGAUUAGCUGUUGAAGAAUAUCAAAAUAAAAAGUUCUGGAACUCAAGGAUGACACAAAAGAAAUAAGUAAGCAUGCUCUAUCAGAUGGUGAUUAGUGAAGCAUGCCCAGAGCUAAAGAAGUGUUCUCAUAUGCAUUUUCCUGUAGUUUAAAAGGUUAAAAUAUAACUCUCUGACUUCAUGUAGAAAGAAUAUGUAAACUGCAAUGAACUAGUAGCUUUUUUCUGUGAUAUGAUUAACCAAUAAGAACCACAAUUCUGGCAUAUAGGCUGUCUAGAAUCUGAAAGAAAAUCUAGAGGAAUUCAUUCAUUUUUGCUGAAUUUAAAGAAUCAUAUAGCUUGACUCUUAUUUUUACAAGAUGACUGAUCACUAAUAAGUCUUCUUUCACCUGUCAGUUCUCCAGAACAUCCCCCCCCCCAAAAAAAACUACAGGUUCUGGAAGAUAAAAACCAUGUCUGGGUUGUUUACUAAUGUAGUUCAGAACCUAGUACAUUAUAUCAAUAAUAUAUCUUUGAAUGAAUAAAUAAUUUUAAUUGCAUGGUUUUCGGAUUACAUCAUAUCCCAAAGAACAUUUCCAAAACUCCCAAAAGAUAACUGGUAUUUCUAGAUAGAUAGAUGAUUGGGAUUACUAGAUUACUAUAGGUACAUACAAAUAGAGAAUGCAAUUGUAGCAAAUUUUUCGAAGACAACGCAUGGUGGCGCUGCAGGCUAAGGCGAAGAGAAAGAAAAAGAAAAAAAAAAAAGAGCCCAGGAAAUUCAACUAAUUCUACCUCAGAUCGCUAGAGGAGGAGAAAAGCCUGCAACGGAGCUGAGGACCAGAGAGUGUCCAGAGAAUGCUACUCAGCAACAGUUCAGGACAGAUUACCAACUGAGAGAUCCAUCCCUAUCGCAGUCCCAUUGCUCCCCAAGGUGGAGCUGGGCCCGGUUCCUGGAAAGGUGUUUGUGAAAUAAAGAUGGAGGUCGGAGGGGAGCGCUUUCCUAAACAAAGGCAAGUCCUGGUUCUCUUUCUUUUGGUGGGAGUGGCUCUGGCAGGAUGGGAAUCCCGUCGCUAUUCCGUGAUGGAGGAAACAGAGGGCGGCUCCUUUGUGGCCAACGUGGCCAAGGACCUGGGGCUGGGAGCGGGAGAGCUAGCUGCGCGGGGAGCCCGGGUGGUCACUGAAGAUAAGGAACCCCGAUUGCAGCUUGAUCUGCAGACCGGGCACUUGAUAUUAAAUGAGAAACUGGACCGGGAGGAGAUGUGUGGCUCCACUGACCCAUGUGUGAUGCAUUUCCAAGUGUUACUGAAAAAACCACUGGGAGUAUUUCGAGCUGAGCUACUGGUGAGAGACAUAAAUGAUCAUUCUCCUGAGUUUUCUGAAAGAGAAAUGACGCUGAGAAUCCCUGAGACUAGCCCUCCUGGGACCGUGUUUCCUCUGAAAAAAGCCCAGGAUUUGGACGUGGGCAACAACAACAUCCAAAACUACAGCAUCAGCCUCAGCUCCCAUUUCCAUGUUUCCACCCGCGACUUAGGAGAUGGCAGGAAAUACCCCGAGCUGGUGCUGGACAAGGAGCUGGAUCGUGAGGAGCAGGCCCAGCUCAGAUUAACCCUCACAGCCCUGGAUGGCGGCUCUCCACCCCUGUCUGGCACCGCCCAGGUGCACAUCUUGGUCUUGGAUGCCAAUGACAAUGCCCCUGAGUUUGCACAGAGACUCUACCACGUGCAGGUCCCUGAGAACAGCCCUGUAGGUUCCCUAGUUGUCAAGGUUUCUGCUAGAGAUUUAGACACUGGGACAAACGGAGAGAUAUCAUACGCCCUUUCUUAUAGUUCUCAGGAGAUAAGCAAAACUUUUGAAGUAAACAGCCUUUCAGGAGAAGUUCGGCUAAUCAAAAAACUAGAUUUUGAGACAAUAUCCUCAUAUGAGCUGGAUAUAGAUGCCUCUGAUGGCGGGGGACUUUCAGGAAAAUGUUCAGUCUCCAUUGAGGUGGUGGAUGUUAACGAUAAUUCCCCAGAACUCACUGUUUCAUCACUUACCAGCCCCAUUCCCGAAAAUUCCCCCGAGACGGAAGUGGCCCUGUUUCAGAUUCGAGACCGAGACUCGGGGGACAACGGAAGGAUGACUUGCUCCAUCCAGGAUGAUCUGCCCUUCCUCCUGAAGCCAACUGAAGAGAAUUUCUACACCCUGGUAACGAACGGGGCCCUGGACAGGGAGAGCAGAGCAGAAUACAACAUCACCAUCACUGUCACUGACUUGGGGACCCCCAGGCUGGGAACCCAGCACAACAUCACCCUGCUGGUGUCCGACGUCAACGACAACGCCCCCGCCUUCACCCAAACCGCCUACACCCUGUUCCUCCGCGAGAACAACAGCCCCGCCCUGCACAUCGGCAGCGUCAGCGCCACAGACAGGGACGCGGGCGCCAACGCCCAGCUCACCUACUCGCUGCUGCCGCCCCACGACCCGCGGCUGCCCCUGGCCUCGCUCGUGUCCAUCAACGCGGACAACGGCCACCUGUUCGCCCUGAGGGCGCUGGACUUCGAGGCGCUGCAGGCGUUCGAGUUCCGCGUGGGCGCCACGGACCGCGGGUCGCCCGCGCUGAGCAGCCAGGCGCUGGUGCGCGUGCAGGUGCUGGACGCCAACGACAACGCGCCCUUCGUGCUGUACCCGCUGCAGAACGGCUCUGCGCCCUGCACCGAGCUGGUGCCCAGGGCGGCCGAGCCGGGCUACCUGGUGAGCAAGGUGGUGGCGGUGGACGCAGACUCGGGCCAGAACGCCUGGCUGUCGUUCCAGCUGCUCAAGGCCACGGAGCCCGGGCUGUUCGGCGUGUGGGCGCACAAUGGCGAGGUGCGCACGGCGCGGCUGCUGAGCGAGCGCGACGCGGCCAAGCACAGGCUGCUGGUGCUGGUCAAGGACAAUGGCGAGCCCGCGCUGUCGGCCAGCGUCACGCUGCACGUGCUGCUGGUGGAUGGCUUCUCGCAGCCCUACCUGCCGCUGCCCGAAGUGGCGGCCGACCAGGCGCAGGCCGACCCGCUGACCGUGUACCUGGUCAUCGCGUUGGCGUCGGUGUCGUCGCUGUUCCUGUUCUCGGUGCUGGCGUUCAUCGCGGUGCGGCUGUGCAGGCGGAGCAGGGCCGCCUGGGUGGGUGGCUGUUCGGUGCCUGAGGGCCCCUUUCCGGGCCACCUGGUGGACGUCACCGGUACUGGGACCCUGUCCCAGAGCUACCAGUAUGAGGUGUGUCUGACAGGAGACUCUGGUAGUAAUGAGUUCAAAUUCUUGAAGCCUGUCUUCCCCAAUAUUCUAGGCCAGGACAUUGGGAGGAAGGCAGAGGGAAAUCCAACAUUCCAUGAUAGUUUAGGUAUCUGAAACUUUUCACUUGCACCAUUAGUUGUUGUGUCCUUUAUCUUUCCUUGAUUUUUUUUAAUGCAGUAUUAGCCUGUAGUUCUACUUGUUUUUCUUUUUCUAUACUAUAUUCCUUAGCAGUUAUUCUUUGUUUUGUUGUCCUGUAAUUAUUUUUUUCAAUUACUAUAUUAUUAGUAAAAAAAAAUACCAGGAAAUUUCAUAUUUCUGACUAAAAAUUUUAGUACUGAUUUCUUAAGGUUAACAUGAAAGUUAACCUCUUGAAAUAAAUGUAAUUCUAAAUUUAUAAGUAUUCAUGACACUACAUAAGAAUAUGAUUCCUUUCUACCUACUUCAUUUUUAAAUUGUAGAGGUUUUAUUUAGUUUUUAUUAUUUACACAGCUAUGACUUUGUUAUAACCCAUUUUGGGUAGAAUCAAUUUGUAUUCACCCAUAUCCAGUUUCUUUCAAACUCUGUAUUUUUUGUUUUUAUCAAUAGGCAACAUGUAUAAUUUCAUGCUGUUUAUAUCAAACUCACAAUUGUAAUUAUUAGACUUUCUAAAAUACAUGUUACCGCAUGAAAAUAUAUCUUUCUCAUCUAAUGUUGAGAAAAAUCAUGGGUUUUUUCUUAUACUUAACUGAAGUUAUGAUCCUGAUAAGAGUCCUGCACAGUUUUACUGGAUACCCAGAUCGGCUGUGUUUAACUUGUUCCUAUAAACUCUGAAGAUCAAUAGACGCUAGGACCAAGUAAUACAUUGCUUGAAAUUGUCUCUUGCUAUUGCAAGGAAUUCUCAAGUGAGCUCCAAAUUCUGGGCCUAGAGGAAUUUGGAAAAAUAAAUUGUAGAAUUAAUUGUAGAAUUAAUAUUAAAGAAAACUUUUUAAAGGAUAUGUGAAUGAAGGUGAUGAAUGGUUUGAAGAAAUAAUCAGUUCUAUUUUCAGGAGCCUCUUAACUUUGCAGAUACUAUGGGACAGUGUGGUAGGCAGAAUAAUGCCCUCCGUAAGACAUCCGCAUCCCAGUCCCUGGAACCUGUGACUAUGUUAUGUUAUACUGCAAAGGGGGCUUACGAUUCAGAUGGAAUUAAGGUUGCUAAUCAACGAACCUUGUAAUGGGGAGAAUAUCCUAGAUGACCUGGGUGGACCUGACUCAGUCAGCUGAAAGGCCUUCAGGCAGAGCUGAGUGUUCCCUGAGAUGAAGAAGAAAUUAUGACUGUGGGCAGCAGCUUCAGCUGGUGUCCAGAGUUGCAGCCUGCCCUUUUGGAUUUUUGACUUGCCUAGCCACCCCCUCUGAUUUUUUAUUUGCCUAGCCAGCUCCCACAAUUGAACCAAUCACUUCCUUGCAAUAAAUCUCUUUAUCUCUCCUGCUGGUUCUGUUUUUCUUGUUGAACCCUGACUGAUACAGAGUUGGAAGUGGAGUGCUGCUGUAACAAAUAACUAAAAAUGUAGAAGUUGCUUUGGAAUUGGGCAUUAGGCUGAGGCUGGAAGAAUUUUAAAGAGCAUGAUUUUUUAAAGCAUAGAUUGUUUUGGACAGAGUGUUAGUUGAAACAUGGAUAAUCACUCCGAUAGCAAAGACACAGAAGAAAGUGAGGAGCAUGGUGGAGAAAACAUAUAUUGCCUUCCAGAAUACCUAAAUCAUGGUAAAGAGACUAUUGGUAGAAAUAGGAAUUACGAAAAUGAUAUUGGAAACCAGAGGAAAGGAAAUGAGAAAAAUGUUAUUGGAAACUGGAGGGAAGGAAAUCCUUGUUAUGUGCUGGCAGAAAACUUAGCUGAAUCAUGUGUCCUGCAGUGGAAAUGUGGAGAGAAGGACUGGUCAACAAUUAACUUGAUAUUUAGCUGAGAAGAUUUCCAGGCUAGGGUGGAAGCUGCAGCCUGUUUUCUUCUUGCGGCUUUUAGUAAAAUGUGAGAGGAAUGAGAUAGAUUGAGGGAAGGACUGUUAAGCAAAAAGAAACCAGAAUUUAAUGAUUUGCAGCCUAUUCAAAUGGUUUAAAAAUGCUAUAAUUAGGAGAUUCAUUAUCAGGAAAGCAUGUUCUGGAGAGAAAAUCAAGGAUGUUGUGUGGCAAAGGGGAAUCAAUUGCCAAUGGGAUUAAGGUUGUGAUAAUCAGCUGGCCUUUAAAUUGGGAGAUUGUCCUAAGAUAUCCAGGUGGUUCCAGUGUAAUCACAAGAGCCCGUAAUAAGAAAUGGAAGUAGGAAGCAGAAAGAGAGUCGGUAUCAGAGUGAUAUUAUGUGCAAAAGACUGAACCAGCCAUUACUGACUUUGAAGACAGAAGGGAGCCACAAGUGGGAGAGUGCAGAAGCUAGAAAAGGUAAGGAAAGUAUUUUUACUUAGAGCCUCCAGAAAGGAACGCAGCCCUAACUUAACUUUAGCCCAGUUUAACUGUUGAGCUCUAGAACUGUAAGAUAAUAUAUUUAUGUUUUUAAGCACUAAGUUUGUGGUAAUUUGUUACAGCAGCAAUAGGAAAUGAAUACAUGUGUCUACUAAAAAAUCCAUUUCCAAGACCAUUUUUUCUUUCCUUUCUGGGUCCAAAUAUUCAUGUUCCCAUAAUCCCUUGCAGGUAGGUGUAUCAUAUAACUCAGUUAUUGCUGUCAAUUUAAAAGUAUUAUUGAGGGAUUGGUCUUAAGGGAGGAAAUAUUUUUGAAAAGGCUAGUCUCAGGUGGCAUGUUCCUUAGAUCUUUACUCUUUCUUUCUUUCUUUCUUUCUUUCUUUCUUUCUUUCUUUCUUUCUUUCUUUCUUUCUUUCUUCCUUCCUUCCUUCCUUCCUUCCUUCCUUCCUUCCUUCCUUCCUUCCUUCCUUCCUUCCUUUCUUUCUUUCUUUCUUUCUUUCUUUCUUUCUUUCUUUCUUUCUUUCUUUCUUUCUUUCUUUCUUUCUUUCUUUCUUUUAAUUAAUCCUCACCUGAGGAUAUUUUUCCAUUGAUUUUUUUUAGGGAGAGUGGAAGAGAGAGGGAAAGACAGAGAGAAACAUCGAUGUGAGAAAAACAGAUUGGUUGCCUCCUGCAUGAGCCCUGAUUAGGGCCCAGGCCGGGGAGGAGCUUGCAACCAAGGUACCAACUAAGGUACAUGCCCUUGACCAGAAUCAAACCUGGGUCCCUUUAGUCUGCAGGCCAACGCUUUAUCCACUAAGCCAAAACAGCUAUGGCUCAUUUUCUUUUUUCUUAACCAGCAUGGGUAUUGAGGGGGAAGCCUUGAGUUGAAGCAAUCAACUUGCAACCAUAAGAUAAGUGCCGUAAACAAAGGUUUAUAUACUAAACCUUUAGCAUAUAAGUAUGAUAAGAUAGAAAGCCCCCGAAUUUUCAUAGCAUUGUUAAACUGCUGCAACAACUCUGCACUACCUUCUCACAGCCUACAUAUGAAUAAAACCCUAUGUGAUUAAGCAACUGUAAUUGGGAUUUCUGUUGAAUACAGAGAGAUGCAUUCCAAAUUGGCACAUCUCUCUUCCUCAUGAGUCAGGUUGAUUUACACAGUUGUCUGACUAUGUCUCAGGUUGUCUAUUUAAGAUGUUUGAGAUGCUUGUCAGAAAAGCAGUUUUGUUUUCCUUUAAGUGUUAUCCAAGGACAGUACUCUGAGCGACUGUGGCUGAGUUCAUAUCUUCAUGCAAUUUGGCUAAUACAAAUACACACAGAUAAAUGAACUUCCAAAGAAAUAUUCCUGGAUGGUAACAACCCAAACCAUUGAGUUUUAGGGAGAAUAGAACAAGAAGGCAAGCUGAUAAAUGCCAAUUAUGUGCUUAAACCUGAAUUAGUGGUAUCCUUACAAGAUGACUACAAUGUUUAUACAGCAAUCCAGAACAAUGGUUUCUUUCUCAGACAGGAAAAGAGCAGGGCCAAAACAUUUUUACUUAGUAAAAUAAAUGGACUAAUAUGAGUCUUGAAAAUCAUCAUAUGCAUAUCAGCAAUCUAUGUGUUUUGGUAGAACGUGCCUUGUGGGAGGAUCAGAAUUUCCUAACUGCCUUUUCAUAAUAAAGAGGUGCAUGUUUUGAGACAGGCCCAGAGACCACAAUGUGUCAGUAUCCACUACUCCUUCCCUGUCUUCACAAAUACUUCAUUGGUAAAGUGUAGAAUGAAAGAUAUCUCCAAAGGAUUAAUAUUUGUUCUUCAAGGAUUGAUCUGAAUACCUUGAAAAGAGAUUACUUGAAGUUUAUCAGCGUAAUCAUGAAACAUCAAUAGGAAUCUAUCACUAUACAUGAAUGGUAAUACCUCAAACAAUUUUUGAACUUCAUAGCUGCACCCAGAGUGUUUGUCUAUGUGUGUGUUUGUGUACAUGUGUGCAUUUGAGCAUGUGUGUGUCCAGGGGAGUAGCUUUAGUAGAUGGUGGAGAUGCACUGCAUGUGCAGAUAUAUAUAAUAGAGUAACAUUACUUUUCCAUUUCUUUCCAUAUUGUAAACAUAUGUUCCUUUAAUGCAUAAAUGUAUGUAAUAAAAUAGGCAUUAGUAACAUAUUCUAGAAGAGAUCAUUUUUGCAAACUACAGGAUUUUUCUUCUUGUAAAUGUAACAAUGCAGCAUUAUUUGAUCUAGAAGUUUGGUAGCCCUCUUGACCUUGAAAGAGCAGUCCAGAAGAGAGAAGUGUAACAUAUAUGGCCUUUUAUCUUCCAAUGAGAUCAGGAAACAAUAAAGUUGACAUCAGGAUGUGACAUGGCAGGAAUUAGGGUGAGGCCAAGUUGUGUAGGAUCAGAUCAUGUCUUGAAUCAAACAUUGAAAUUCUGUUCAUAAUGGAUUUUUUCAUUAAGUUUGAUUUUUUAGACUAGGGUCUGUCUUUACUACCAAGUUUUUGAGUGACCCAUUAAUUUUUCUUCUGAGACAUUUGCCUUGCUGUUGUCCGGAUCCUGUUGGUUAUUUCCAACUUUCAAAUUCAAAUGAGCAUCACAGCACUAGUGAUGGUGGUUACAUCUGGAAUCUGAGCAGUAAAAUAUGGAUCAAGUUCCUCUCCAUUGUGAAUAUGGGAUAACAACAGCAACAGUGGAAGAAUACAAAGAUAUCCAAGCAGAUCUGAUGAACUGGAGUCCUGUAGACUGGAAAUGGAAGAGCACCUGCAUGAUUGUGAUUGGCCAGGAAAAUUGUUUAUGUAUUUUUCUUCCAGGUGGCAUGCAUCAGUGUGAAAAAUAUUAUAUAUUAGGUAAACUUGAUUUGCUACUACAUUGUUAAGAAUUUUUGCAUGUGUGUUUGUGAGUGAUAUUUAAUUUUUCAUAUUAUGCCAUUGUCAGGUUUUAGUUUCAGGUUUAUACAGGUUUCAUAAAAUGAGUUGGCAAUUGUUUCCUUUUUCUCUUUGAUGAAAGAGUUUGUAUAAGAUAUUAUUUCUUUAUCUACAUGAUAGAAUUUAUCACAGAAGCCAUCUAUGACUAACACUUCUUUGUAGGAAGAUUUUGAAUUGCAAACUUAAUGACUAAGGUAUGCUACAAUUGCAAUUUUCUCUUAUGUAGUUGGCGGCUUGUGUUUUUUAAGUUAUUUGAACAUUUUAUCUAUGGUGUUAAAGUUAUUGGACUAAAGUUAUUGAUAAUAUUCCUUUAUCAUCUUUUCUACAUAUUUAUAUUAUGCCCCUCUUUCAUUCCAGAUAUUGGUCAAAUAUGUUCUCUCCUUUUGUCUUUAUCAAAUAUUGCCAUGAGUAUAUCAAUCUUAUUAAUCUUUUUUAAAAACCAACCCUUGUCUUUGUUAUUUUCCUAUUGACUUCUGUUUUGUUUCCUUGAUUUCCACUCUUAUAUUUUUAUUUCUUUUCUUAUACCAAGUUUGGUUUUAGUUUUCUCUUCUUUUUGCAGCUUCUCUGAAAGUUUAGAUCAUUGACUCUGGGCCUUUCUUUUCUAAUAUAGAUUAAAUAUAUGAAAAUAUAAAUUAAAGCUAUACACUUUUUCCCCUAUGGAUUACUUAAGCUGCAUUUCAUGAAUUUUGGUAUUGUGGUUUUAUUACCAUUCAGUUUGAGUUUAUCUGUAAUUUUCCCGUUGACUUCUUCUUUAACCCAUUGGUUAACUAGAAGUAUGUUAUUUAACUUCCAAAUAUCCAGGGAUAUCAUUUUUAACAUAUAAAAUAAUUGUUUUGGUCUGAGAACAUAGUCCAUAUGAUUUAAGUCCUUUGAAAUUAUUGAGUUCUGAUGUGUUGUUGUUAUCUAACAUAUGGGUUACCUUGGUGAGUUUCCUUGUGUAAUUGAAAUAAAUGUGUGUAGUAUCCUAUAAAUUUCAAACUGAGUUGCUUGAUAAUGUUUAAUCUUUUUUAUGCUUGCCAUUUUCCUACAUGUUUUUCAACUACUAAAAGAAAAAUGUUAAAUUCUUCAA